AUGGAGGGAGCCUGUUGGCAAGUGGGCACGGAAGCAAACAUCUCAGUGUAUUUUGACAAGUGGAUUUCGCGAGGUGAAUGUAUUUUAGCAUCCUCCACCAAGACUCUCCAAUCUCACUCUCUUGUUGAGUCGUUGAAAGAUCACCAUGGAGGGUGGAACCAAGACCUCAUCUGUGACUCUUUCUCUAAACAAGAGGCUGAUGCUAUUUUAUCUAUUCCUCUUUUUGAUUGUCUAGGCGGGGAUAGACUCAUAUGGCAUCAUACUAACUCAGGCAUAUACACUAUCAAGAGUGGCUACUGGAUUGCCACUAGAAAAGCUGGUUUUGGCCAAGCUUCAUCUUCUAAUGGGAGGCCUUCUUGUUGGAAAAAAAAUUGGGACCUAAAUAUUCCUGGAAAAAUCAAACACUUCUGUUGGAAAACUCUUUGGGACUGGCUCCCUUAUAGGUUAAAUUUAGUCUCACAUGAUAACCUUGACACAAUUAGUACCACAGAUCUUGAGCAUAUGGUGGUUCUUUCUUGGCGUAUAUGGUAUAGGAGAAACAAGCUCAUUCAUGAUGAGAGUUACAUGUCUGAUGUAAUGGUGGUAGAUUGGGCUAGAGACUAUCUAGACAAAUAUCAAAAAGCAAAUGCCAACGCAAGAAGUCAUACUACAACUCCAAGGCCAACCGCGAAGUGGUCCCCUCCACCUGAUUCGUGCAUCAAAGUUAAUACCAAUGCAUCUAUUAUGUCAUCCCACGGUAUAGUGGGUAUGAGGAUAGUUUGCAGAGAUAGUAGCAGAGUUGUCUUGGCAUUUGCAGGAUGCCCAAUGAAGGCUAUGUUUGACCCUUUGAUUUUUGAGCUCAAAGCUUUACUAAAAGGGGUGACUCUGGCUAUGAGAUUUUGGUAUACAUCAAUUGUUUUAGAGUGA